UAUACUCCAGUUAUAAUUUUUUUAAAGAAAAAGCGCAGUUGUUUCCAGGAAAUGCAAAGUGAUUUUUUCCUUGGUGAGUUGGACGCUAUCGAAAGUACCAAAAAUCCAAUUCGGAAGAGACUCGCAACAAUAGGUAUUCUGUAAAGCUCAAGAAUUUCGGCAAGUGAUGCCGAACCGGUCGAGGAGCCGAAGUAUUGUCGCAUGACUUUUGGUGAAGUUGGAGUGAGGUAUGAUCGAGGUGAGGUCUGAAGUGAGGUGUGAGGUGGGGCAUUUUUAGUGUCACACUAAAAAAGCCAUUCCUCUCAGGUGUUCAACUCAACAAAACAACAGCAAAACUACAUAAAACUUGAGCCAAACAAAACUUUAAGAAUCUCUCGUAAGAUUUUACUAGAAAUCAUGAUUGAAAGGUUAGGAAAGGCUUCGUACAACACACUGCUUCGAUGCACUCGAAGCAGCAGUGUCAAUAUCCACACAUGCAUGACACGCCCCGCCUCACCAUCCUUCAAAUCACUAUCGACCACAGCAUCUAGCCCUGUCGUCGGGAUCGGAGUGUUUAUCCUCCACCCCACUCACCCACGCUCUACCCCAUCAAACCCCAUGUAUCUUCUUGGUGAACGCAUCAAUUCGACCGCAGCCAACACAUGGGGUCUCCCAGGCGGACAUCUAGAAUUCGGCGAAACGUUUGAAGAAGGUGCAUCAAGGGAAGUUCUGGAGGAAACAGGCUUGCAUAUCCCAGUGGAUGGUUUAAAAUUUUGGCAUUGUGGGAAUUUGUUGAUGAAGGAGGAGAAAAGACAUUUCGUGUCGAUUUUUAUGGUCGGGGUGUGGGAUGGUAAAGGCGAGGGACCGAGAGUGAUGGAGAAGGAGAAAUGUAAAAGUUGGGAGUGGGUGGGAUGGGAAGAGACGCAGAGGUGGGUGGAGGGAGAGAAUGGUGGAAGGAAAUUAUUUCCAGGAAUGGGGGGUUUGGUUAGAGAGAUGAAGGGAGUAGCCCCCCGUUUUUGAGAUUGAUUUCCUUCUCCGUGCGACCAAUAAUUGCAUCGUAUUACCUUGCCCAUUUGUAUUGUUGCAUUACUAGUAUCUGAGGUAAGUCCACGUUGUUAUUGUAUCAAAUACUUCAUCAGAGCUGUUCCCAGCAGCCUCGAGUAUCAAGCAUCUAUUUCCAGAAUUGGAUACUCCUCGUUUGGAUGAUUUGGAAGAAUUUUGUCACAGACCCCUUCCAGAACCAAUCCAGAAUACAAUCAUCCAGAAUUAACAUUGGAUUGGAUUCGAUUGCUAAUCCUCCAUCCAGGCAAACACAAAUCUCGAAUUCGAUGCGAUCUCAUUGACAUACCACUAAGCAAUUGUACCAAUAUUUACGAAAGUUACACUGCUUUGUCCUACGUUUGGGGCAAUGCGAACGAUACCACAAAUAUCUGUGUGAAUGGAUGCCGUCUUGCUGUAACUGUAAACCUCGCGAUGGCGUUGGACGACCUGCGCGACGAGAAGCGGCCACUACGGUUAUGGGC